UUAACGGAAGCUUUUCCUGCGCUGCUGUGAGAAACAUUUCCGUGUAUGUAUAUACGGAGGAGAAAGUUUGAAAGCUCGCCGCACACACAAUCGAUUAGAGGCUGAUCGGACUUCUCCGGCGCUGCACGUGCUCGUGUCGCCCUUCCGACUGGAACCGGUUUGUUUGUCGCUUAUCGGGAGUCGACAUUGUUCUACUCUGGGCGGAGAAAGUCAGAGAGAGCCAGCCGAAUAGAGGUUAGUGACACGCACCUGUGGCAGCAGGGAGAACGGACGCAUCGAUAACGGAGCCCGCGGAGACAGCCGUGCUCUCCUCCAGUGUGCGGAGCAGCGGCAUCCCUCAUCCAACUCUUCGGGAUCGUCUCUGCCACGGAUAUUCAUUCGCAAAGAAGCUGCCAUGACGACAAAUCGCAAAGAUGAUCCCCAAGGCAAUCCCUACCAGGACACCGCGAGGAGCUGGGUAGUAUCCGUAGCCUGCGCCUGGAACUUCUUCUGGCUGACUCUCAUCAACAGAUCCAGUGGUAUCCUCUUCGUGGCCAUCCUCGAAGCGUUCAGCCUGAGUCGGCAGGAUGCAUCGUGGGCUUUCAGUCUGAUGGAUACCCUGGCGAGCUUUACUGUGAUCAUAUGCAGCUUCUUGUACAAAGUAGUGGACACAAAGCCCAUAGCAUUAGUGGGAAGUGCUUUGACGGCGGGGACCUGCAUCCUCUGCUUCCUGGUCUAUCAGGUCCAGGUAAUAACGGUUGUUCUGGGAACGCUCAUAGGCAUUGGACAAGGGAUGAUGUACUUCACAAACACAAUCGUCAUCAACCAAUACUUCAAGAAACACCGCGCCUCGGGGAAUGGAAUUUACUUCGCCGGUGGCACUUUGAGUUCCUUCUUUUUCCCACCCAUGCUAUUCUCCAUCAUAAACUACUACGGCCUCCGCACCACGCUCCUGUUCCUCGGAGGCCUCGCGCUGCACGGCAUUCCUGGAUCGCUUCUACUCCAGUCUCCACUUACCAUGGCCAAAAAACUCGAACGGACGAAAGCCCUCGCAUCCAUCGAAAGUACCAAAGCCCUGGAAGCGAUCAAGUUCACCGAAGAAACCGCAGAAAACACCAAGAGCACCUUCCUCGGCAAAUCACUCGGCUGGGCCUGGAGCCAACUGCAAGAAUUUUCUUUUCUGAAACGUCCCAUAUUCCACGUGAUAGUCUUCACCGGGGUCGCCUUCAGUUUCUCCUUCGUGAUCUACCCGGUCACCAUUGUGGAUUUCGCCAUCACCCGUGGCAUCAGUCGGCAACACGGCGCCUUGCUGCUGACCACGUUCUCGAUGGGCGAUCUCUCGGGACGCCUGUUCACGGGCGUCCUCACCGACAGGGGGAUAAUCCAGAGAGACCAUAUGAUGGUGAUAGUGUACGCCGCGUGGAGCGCUACGUUCCUCGCCUUGCCAAUGUGCGACACUUACGCCCUCAUGGUGGCAGUCACCAUCGCUUUGGGCGUGGCUGUCGGAGGUGGGACCAUCCUCAACACUGUACUCCUGGCGGACUAUCUGGGGAUCAAAGCACUGCCCAUGUCGUUUGCCAUGUAUCGUCUCAGCUUGGGAGUCAUUUCGCUGGCGAGGCCUCUUUGCAUAGGGUACUUCAGAGAUAAAGUCGGGACGUACGACGGGCUUUAUUUCGUUAUCGGAGCCUACAGCUUCGUCAUCUGUUUAAUAUGGGCUGUGGUUUCCAUUAUACGGCUCAGCAGGGUUACGAAGAAGUACACGCUAAAGUGACAAACAUCAAGCUCAUCAUUUCCAUUCUCGUCCAUCAAGACAAACACUGUUCAAGACAUGUCAUCGCACAAUGUUAUUUAGUAUUGCACACGGUGUACCGUAAUUUCACGCGUAUAAGCCGCAAAGGAGACCAUAGAGGAGGCCAUAAACCACGUGUUCGAUAUUCCGGGGUCGGCAUGGUGUACAACAAGUGCGGUUAGUACAAGAUGGGAUCGUGCCCUUGCUGUGUGUUUUUCAUGGUUCGACCAGACCAGUGGCCUUCCAGAAGACACGAAUCACAGUCACCACUCUCGUUAAAUCUACUUGGGGUUGGGUCGAAUGUGGACGCGCCGAUGUUAGAAAAUUGUUCGUGCAUUCGCACGGUGUUGCUGUUCCAGAGGCACCGUCAGUCUUUCGCUAAAACCGGCAUAUGGCGUAUCGGGAAAAUAACGGGGAAAAAUAGUCAUCAGAUAAGCCGCACCAGUGGAUAAGCCGCAGAGCGCCGGUGAGAAAGAGAAAAUCGCAAGUAGGCCGCGGCUAAUACGCGUGAAAUUACUGUACUUCAUACGCUUUGUCUUGAGCAAUCUCAUGGAGAUUCAUCAAAACAUUAUCCAAGGGGGAAAAAAAAUUAUUCUAAACUGCAAAUAGUCAAGAAAAGAAUAAACUAUUUUUUACA